UGUAAAAUUCCCCCAUUUCUCUCUCACUUUCUAAAAAGUCAAAACUUUAUUUAUUUAUUCUUUUCCCAACUUCAUAAAAGGUGGAUUGAUUGUAGUAGUAGUACUUUUUAUCAUAUGGGUGUAUGUUUUUCUUUUUGAGGUUCUUGUUGUUGUUUUUCUUCGGAGAAAUCAAUGAAUCUUGGUAGUCAAUUAUUAGUCAACAAAAUGCCUAGUGUUUCCUCCUCCGGCGCCGUAGAUGUCCAUGUCUCCGAUCAGUUUCCGGCUGGUCUGCGUGUCUUAGUUGUUGAUGAUGACAGAACUUGCCUCAUGAUCUUAGAAGGCAUGUUAAAAAAGUGUAAAUAUGAAGUGACGAAAUGCCAGAGAGCUGAAGUUGCCUUAUCGUUAUUAAGGGAAAAUAGAAAUGGAUAUGAUGUGGUGAUUAGUGAUGUUCAUAUGCCUGACAUGGAUGGAUUUAAACUACUUGUACACAUUGGUCUUGAAAUGGACCUUCCCGUUAUCAUGAUGUCAGCUGAUGACAGCCAGAGUGUGGUAAUGAAGGGUGUUACUCACGGGGCGUGCGAUUACUUAAUAAAACCCGUGCGUAUACAGGCAUUGCGUAACAUCUGGCAGCACGUGGUUCGAAAAAAGAAGCAUGGUUGGAAGGAUGUUGAGCCAUCAACUAGUGAUGGUGACCAAUAUCAGAAACAGGCUGGAGAUCCUGGCUAUUCAUCAAAUGAAGGACAAAAUGGUAAAAUCACAAAGAAGAGGAAAGAUGAUGAAGAUGAUGAUGAUGAUGAAGCGGAUGAAAGAGAAGAUUCUUCUUCAUUGAAGAAACCACGUGUUGUUUGGACACAAGAGCUUCAUCAGCAGUUUGUUAAAGCUGUUCAUCAGCUUGGAUUUGAAAAGGCUGUCCCAAAGAAGAUUUUGGACCUCAUGAAUGUUCCCGGACUGACACGAGAAAAUGUCGCCAGCCAUCUUCAGAAAUUUCGUCUCUAUCUUAGAAGACUUAGUGUGUCUCAGCAAUCUGGUGGGAUUAACAACCCGUUUAUGGGUAACCAAGAUGGAGGCUACAGGUCAAUAUCAUCACUUAGUGAGCCUGAACUUCAAGCUCUAGCAGCUAGUGGUCAACUCAGUCAACUCCCUGCUUGUAGUCUUGCAACUCUCCAAGCCACGGCUUUUGGCAGGUCGGGUAACCUGAAAUCUCCUAUUUCCGUGCCCAUAGUUGAUCAAAAAAACAUGUUUAGUUUCGAGAACCCAAAACUAGGAUACGUCCACAGCCAAAACUGGAAUGGGCAAAUUAGUAAUACCAGCAAGCAAACAAAUCCACUUUAUGGAAUUCCCGUAACUAUGGAGCCGAAGCAGCUUGCUGGUUUGCAACGUUCUUUCUCAUGCAUGAAUAGUCAAGUUCUAGUUCCAAUAACCGGUCAAAGUCAAAGUCAUGUCUUGAAACAGCCCGUACUACCCGGUUCUAUAACGUCACAAGCCUCGCCUCUUAUGGAUUAUCCUAUGAGUCACAAAAGGGAGUCAAUUGGGAUUAGUUUUCCUCAUGGGGGAAAUGUGGGAUCUUCACCCAUUAUGUCUGCAUCCAACCUCCAACAAGAGCGGUUUGUUCCAAGUUAUGGUCUUUCAAACAAUGUGAAUCAUAACGAACGGCAAGAUUGGGGUUUACAAGGUGGGAAUAUGACCUUUAACUCUUCUCAACAUACAAAUAACAUGCAAGAAGGAUUGAAUGUACUUCAACAUAAUUUCACUUCUGGUCAAAAUAUGGGGGGUGUUAAGGAAAUUUUCUCGACGGGCGAACGUAUUGGGACCCGUGUUGCCGAUUUUCCCUCACGGGCUAAGGUGGAAAAUGUUGACUAUGUGACCUCUAGUCAAUCAUUUUAUCCUGAAAUAUACCGUCAAGAUGAUCUAACUGCAAUUUUUACACAGAGACGGCAGCAAGAAGCCAUUCUACAGCCAGAAAAUGUAUUUGGGUUUGAUUGGCAUUCUGUGGAUAAUCUCCCUGCAUAAGGAGGGUUUGUACGUUUUGCUUAAACUUUUGGACAUCGUGCAAUCUUGGAUAUAUAUAGUUUACUUCCAACAGAAUUCGUGAAGGUUUAUAGCUUAUUUUCAGUGAUGGAUGAUGAUAACAAUUCAAAAGGGCGAUAUCCAAAGGUAUAUCUGCAUCAAAUCAAAUGAUUUAGGUCGAUUAUGAAAACUUAUAAGAGCGGGGGUGGUUAAACUUUGUGAAUCAGAUUUUUGAGUAUCUUCAGACAUUUGAAGGGUUGUUUUUAGUUUUAGCACGACACUCUUGUUUUUCACUCUUAGAAUCUUCUUCGUUGCUAUUAGAUUUCUGGAUUUGGUUUAUAUAUAUAUGUUAUUAGACCUUGAGAUUA